AUGCCUAAGACCCGUGCAUACACUCGUGAAGAGCUGCAGGGCUUGCGGCGGGCUGAUCUUCAGCGACUCUGCAAAGUGAGUGCGUCCCUAUAUGGCAAGCUGACCGGACAGACUUAUGACAUCAAAGGAGCAAAUUCCAAAUCCGACGUGCUGAUAGACCUCCUGGCCCAGUUCUUUCAGUCCUCCGCGUAUAAUGGCGGGCCGUCUUCGCAGAGACAGCCCCCACGCUCUGUUGCCCGUCCAGCGGCCAGUCACGCCUUCCCCAGUCACUCCGCAAAGAGCAAGAUGAGACCUGCACCGACCCCGGCUUCCUCCAGUGGCGUCAGAUCCUCUCGGACAGUACCUGUUCAGCGAACAACGGUGCCUCGGGGAACAGGAGCUGCCAUCCAGGCCAGUGGUCCCAAGACGAACAAGCAAUCCACCACUUCCCGCACUGCUCACAAAGCAACUCCUGCUCCCGCGGGGGAACAAAGUCCCUCUGAGCUGGAAAGGCUGAGGACUGAGGUCGAGCAACUCAAGCACACCGUGGCUCGCUUGGGGGAGCAGCAGUCAACCAUGUUGGCAGCCCUACUGAACAGCGAAGACUUACAACAUCGACUGCGGUCACUCGUUGCAGCUGAGAUGGCUUCCGAAAGAGGGGCGAGCGCCAAUGUCACUGAUUGCGCAAUCAUAAGACCGGAGUCCCGAGUAAGCUCUGAGCUAGAAAGCCGACCGUCCAUUCAAGCGAAAAGGAAGAACGACACUUCCGAGCGUGCUUCGCAUCUAGCCAUCAAACGUCCUCGGCGCGAUUCGUCAGGCCGUACCAAUUCAUCUCACACCCAAUGCUCUCUCACGCCCUCAGAGGCCGGCGAAACUUCCCUUUCGCCGUGCGGCGUCCUGCAAACGCCUCAGCCUUACGAACAGCCACUGGUCUCUGACUUCUCGACGUCAACACCGGUUGUAUCUUCCACGUCCCGUUCGAGGUCUGCUAGCUGCUUUCAUGUUCAAGCUGAGCUGUCGGGCGGCUGCCAUACGCCUUCACAAACGAACAUGCCCCUCAAUUCAGUGAACCUGAGCAACCUCAAACCAUCGACCCCUUCACCAGGCCUUCUCAUAGCCACCAAAGAUGUAACCGACAACUACACAGCUGCAGCGGCAGCUCCGAGGGGAUCCCCGGAGGACAGUGGUCCCCUAGCUUUCGACAACAUGUCCCCUGCUCGCGAAUACAUGGACGUGGCCUUAAAUGGCCUUACAGGACACUCCAAGUUUUCAAGCACUGUUCCCAUGCCAAGUGUUCGAACGAUGCUGGGUACCGAGCGAUACCGAGACACGCGCUUCGGAGACGAGCCUAUUGCACCCUGGGGUACUCCGACGAUUGUAGAUUUUGGUCCCCCCACGCCUGUCCGAACCAGCGAUAUGUACUAA